AUGAGCAUUCGUGGAGCAUCGGCUGCUUGUGUGGCGCUGCUGUGUGUGGUGGUGCUGAUGGCAGAGACGACACACGGACACAUCACCUUCUUCAGCCCCAAAGAGAUGAUGCUGAUGAAGGAGCGAGAGGGAAGGAAGGACAUGGAGCCUCGGUCGGAGGAUGGCCACUUUGAAGAAGUCACCGUGGAGCAACUUCCUCCAGCUGAGCACGCCACCAACCUGGUGUGUGCGCACAACCUUGUGUACACUUUUGUCAUUGUCCAACCAAAAUGUGUGUGUUUGCAGGACAAAACAGUGGACAUCACGGUGCGACUUUCACCCAAACAGCUGGACCACGUGGCUCCUGUGCUGGAGGAGCUCAUCCAUGAAAUGGUGGAGGAGCGACAGAAAGGUACUGCAGUCCACAAACAAUAGCCAACAUUGA